AUGUUGAUCAAGGUGAAGAACUCGACAAUGGUGCGUCCGGCGGGGGAGACACCUCCAACUGCCAUAUGGAAUUCCAACGUCGACUUGGUGGUUCCGAAUUUUCACACACCGAGCGUGUAUUUCUACCGACCAAACGGUGCAUCCAAUUUCUUCGAUGCUAAGAUCAUGAAGGAGGCUUUAAGCAAGGUGCUGGUUCCGUUCUAUCCGAUGGCAGCUCGUCUCCGCCGUGACGACGACGGUCGCGUUCAGCUUUACUGCGACGGUCAGGGAGUGCUUUUUGUUGAGGCUGAUACAACUGCCUCCGUUGAUGAUUUCGGAGACUUCGCUCCCACUCUUCGACUCCGUGAGUUAAUCCCAGCCGUUGAUUACUCUGCCGGUAUUGAAACGUAUCCACUGUUGGUGUUGCAGGUAACGUAUUUCAAAUGUGGAGGAGUUUCUUUAGGAGUUGGUAUGCAACACCAUGUAGCUGAUGGAGCCUCUGGUCUUCACUUCAUCAACUCAUGGUCUGAUAUGGCGCGUGGCAUUGAUGUUUCCAUUUCGCCAUUCAUUGAUAGAACCUUACUCCAUGCUCGGGAUCCGCCUCGACCUGUUUUUGAUCACAUUGAAUACAAACCUCCACCAGCAAUGAAAACUGAUCAUCCCUUACUGCAACCGGCAAAACCAGACUCAGAUACUACUGCUGCGGUGUCUAUCUUCAAAUUGACCCGUGACCAACUCAACAUCUUGAAGGGUAAGUCUAAAGAAGAUGGAAACACUAUCAACUAUAGCUCUUAUGAGAUGUUGGCAGGUCAUGUAUGGAGAAGUGUAAGCAAAGCAAGAUCACUUCCUAAUGAUCAAGAAACAAAACUGUACAUUGCAACAGAUGGAAGAUCAAGGCUUCAACCUCCACUUCCACAAGGCUACUUUGGCAAUGUGAUAUUCACAACAACUCCAAUAGCAGUGGCGGGGGAUUUAAUGUCAAAACCAACAUGGUAUGCUGCUAGCAGAAUCCAUGAUGCAUUGUUACGAAUGGAUAAUGCUUAUUUGAGAUCUGCUUUGGACUAUCUUGAGCUACAACCUGAUUUAAAAGCUCUUGUUCGUGGAGCACAUACUUUUAAGUGUCCAAAUCUUGGUAUCACUAGCUGGGCAAGGUUACCGAUUCAUGAUGCUGACUUUGGUUGGGGAAGACCUAUAUUCAUGGGACCUGGUGGGAUCGCAUAUGAAGGACUAUCUUUCAUCAUUCCAAGCUCAAAAAUUGAUGGUAGCUUGUCUGUGGCAAUUGCUCUGCCUCCUGAGCAGAUGAAACUGUUUCAGCAAUUUUUCUAUGAUAUUUGA